CACCACCCCUGCUGCUGCCGCUGCGUAAUCAGGCUCCUCCAGGGCUGAGGCGCACCGAGCCACACAGCACUUUGCUUCUUGAUAAGACUCCUUGGAAGAAGAGGACCGCAAACUACCGUCCUGCGACAACAUUUCAGCCUGUACCAGCCGGAUUUUGGAAUGCAUCACGGUUAAUGGAGGACAGAUUAGAUGACUGUUGGAAAAAUUAGUCAAAUGGAUCUUUAACUGUUUUUCCCUAUAAAUUUAAACACAUUUGGAGUACUUUUGAACUUUACUUAUUCUAUAUUGUUGUGGAUAUUUUUGUCUUUUUUUUGUGAAAUAUGGACCUUUUUUGUGCGGAAAUGCCAUAGAAUCUCUGGUUUGUGUCUCUAAGGAGGACUUAAAAGAGUUUUGGCGACGCUGAACGAACACAAGCGCAUUUUUAUUUUUCUUCAUCCAUCUGCGGGCGGCUCUGCUGAGGGUCAGCAGUGCGGACGGCAGCUUGCACGCGCGCGCAGCUCCGCAGGGCGAGCCGCUGUCCCCUCGCGCGCAGUGCUGAGCAAAGAGGGCUCUCUCGCGCUUCCAUAAAUGCCCGGUCCGUCGAAGAGGCUCGAGGCUGGGCAGCAAGAUGAGCUCGUGGGUACAGCUGCUGCUCGUGUUGCUGGCGGCGUGUCUGCGGUUUGGCGUGGCCGAGGGGGACGCUCUGCCUGCAGCCCUGGUGGAGCUGGUUAGAAACAGCCCCAUCUCCUCCAUAGAGGACCUUCAGCUGCUGCUGCUGUCUGACUCCGUAGAAGGGGAGGAUGAGACGUCUGCAGCCAAUGGAGGUCACAGACUACCACGGAGCCUCGAUGCUCAGCCAGCUCAGCAGGCUCUGUGUAAAGUUCGCACUGAGGUAGUGGAGGUCACCCGAGCCAUGCUGGACCGCAGCAAUGCUAACUUCUUGUUAUGGCCUCCAUGUGUGGAAGUGCAGCGCUGCUCUGGCUGCUGCAACACCUUACGGCAGAGCUUACAGUGCACCCCUGUCGCCACACACACCAGAUACCUGCAGGUCAUGAAGAUUGAGUACAUCAACAAAAGACCCAUUUAUGCUAAAGCUGUGGUGUCAGUUGUGGAUCAUGUGGAGUGCAGAUGUCAGCCUGGUCCACGUCUCCCUGCACACAAGAAAAAAUCCACUCGCAGACAGCACGUCCACCUGCAUCGAAACCAGACGCUCAGCCUAGGGCCUGCACAGAGCCAGGUGAAGAUGCCCUCCAAAGAUGAGCUCCAUCAUCUGGACGAGCUGAAACAGAACCAGAGGGCCCAUCUGGAGGAUCUCUUGGAGCAGCACUGGAACCCCAGAGGAGACACCUUCACUCAGCCUGGAGAAGGAUACAGUCUCGCAGGAAAGGACAUGUCUCCCUCAGGAGAGGCUAUUCUGUUUCCUCCGCACUGGGUCAUCAACUCCACCAGGCUGCUUGGGACUGAAGAUCAAAUUGAGAAGCAGGCACAGUGGGAGGAUGGUAAGGUGUCAGAUGACAACAAAGCGGUUUCCUCAGUGGGAAACAUUGAUGUGGAGGUAAAAGAAAAAUCAGGAGAAGACAAGGAGAUACUAACACACAACCCAUUAGGGCAAGAAGACAAAUCCAGAAUUUCUAAGAGCCAAACUAGUGGACUCACUCAGCAUGUUACUGAAAAUCCACAACUCAGCUUCAGCCCUAGUGAGGAAACUGUUAUUGAAAAAGAAAAGAGCAGGUCUCGACCUACCAAAGAGCCGAAUCCAGAACCUCGUGAGCAGGCUAGAUGGGGAAAAAAUGAUACUCCAGAGGUGGUGAGGAUGUUACAGAUUGAGGAGGAAAAGUUGGAAGCGGAGAGAAAAGAGCUUCUGCUUCUCCACAAGAGGUUGGACGAAGAGAAGGAAAUACUGCGACAGCAGCAAAUCAAGAGAGAAGAAGAGGAAAAGAAGACAGACAGUCAACAUCACCUGCACGGGAAACACCCUCCUCAUCAUCAGCAGCAGCAUCCAACAACACAGAAACCAGAGACAACUGCAUCUACAACUACCACACGACAGCCAUCAGCUCCAGCAGGCUCCAGACCCCUAGUCCGUCCACACCACACAAGGAGGAGAAUGAGGAAGAAUCGCAAACGGAUCAGCAAGGCAGCUAUGAGAGCGAUGCUCAUGUAGAAAUAAAGUUAACCCAGGGACACAGUGAGCAUGGUGCUUUUUGAGGAUAAUGCAGAGAUGAAGCUUCCUUCCUUUUACUAUUUAUUCAUUUGUCAGUAACCUGCUCGUCCUGUGAGAUCUCCUCAGUAACACUACUAAUGACUGUUUGCUGAACCUGUAAUUAUUCCUGGGUGGAGUACAAAAGAGGAGGUUAAAGAAAAUGGAAUAUGUGUUUAAAAAAAGACGGACCUUCUCGAGAGAGUGCUGAUGGUAAAAGUAACUAGUGGCACCCAAAGACUGACAAAGUGUGUGCAAGCACAGUGCCUGCGGGGCAGAGAAAUGCAUCGCUGGGGAAAUGAGUGCAAUCUCCGAAUUCCUCUUGGAUCCUUGUUUAGAUAUCAACAGAGAGAAACUGCACUUAUAUGUUGGCAGAGCAAAGUCCACACAGGGUCUUUAAUGUCUUGAUUUUUUGAUAACCACUGUCAGAUUGGAAUAAAGAGAAGAUUUGGUGGAAAACCGAACAAAAAGUGGAAUUAACUUGUGCGUGUAAUUAGAUAAUGUCAGGGACAAUCAUCAACGGCAGAAUUCCCACGUGUGAUAUCAGUCAUUAGCUCACUAAAAAACAUAUUUAAUUAUAUUUAACUCACUGCAAACACUGGAAUAACAGAUUAGAGAAAAACCGUCAUUUGCAUCAGUUGUUUUCUGUUUCAGAAUUUCUGCACAGGUGUAACCAAAAAAGACAAGAAAAUACCUGUGAGCUGUCUGUGUACUACGCCUCAUAUUUAUUUGUCUUUCCUGUUACUGUGGAUUAACUCUGUACAAAUACUGCAAAUAAGAUGUUGCUGAGAUGCAUUAUGUAGAACAGAUGUGGCCUGUCUUGGUGUCUGGCUGUGUGGCCCAAACAAGAACAAAGACUGCAAUCUUUUUAUGUUAUAUAUUUUCUAAAAAGGUCAAACUCUUCUGUGACCUCUUAGUACCAUGCAGUGUUUAACGUCUUGUUGUGCUUGUUUUGUAUGCCUCAUAUAUCAGCUACUGCCUCUCACCUAGUAGCUGCUGGGAUAGGCUCCAGCCCCCCUGUGACCCUACAUUGGAAAAAGCAGGUUUAGAAUAUAAAUGAAUGAAUAUAAAUGCAGAAACAGUCAAAGCUCCUUUCACUUUCUAUUUGGAAACUUAAAAGAUCAAAGUAAGCACUCAUUUUAGAGCCAGUACAAAACCUAACUUACCAAUCGUAGACUAUCUGUGUCCAAUUAUCUCCCUUUGUAGUGACAUGAGGAAACACACAUCUGAUGCUGUUUUGUGUUUAAUAAUUCCAAAUCAGCCAGACAUCUUAAAUUAUUGAAAAACAUGGUUUGUAUGUUUUAUGUGCCAACUUACAACUGUUACUUAUUGUCAGUUUUAUUAUAAGAUAUGAUGAAAAAUAGGAAUGUUUGUGAUAACUUUGCCACAUAAUGCUAUUUUCAUAUGGGUAUAAGAAGCUAAUGUGCUUAAAUUAAUUUUGUUUGUGUUUUUAUUCUCUUUUCAUCCAUUUCCAAAUGGCAACAGAAUGACUGCUCGUACAGGAGUAAAGCGAGCAGAUUCCUGGCACAUUUCAUCCACCAUUUGUUGCACUUUGAGAACAAAUAAUGUCAAAAUGGCCAUUUUAGAGACCUCAUCAAAACCUCUAAUUUUGUCAUGCAUCACUUUUAUCAGAAUCGGCCUUUGCAAAGAUAAUGUUCACAUAUUCUACUAUGAUGUGAUAUAGACUUUAGUGCUACAACUGCAUCAUUCCAAUUUAUCCUAAAACUGUUUUUUUAGGCAAGCCUGAAACAUUUUUCAUUUUUCCAAUGUGCCAUCUUAAUUUGUUCUUCUCCAGUAACACAUACAAUAACAGUAUUCUGAUUCCUGUUCCCUUUACUAUGACUAUACAGGCAAAGUAUUAAAAUACACCUUGUGUUUGCAGAAAUGUACUCAUGUCAUUAUGGGUAUGCAGUUUUGAAACAGAGGCCUCAAAAUAGGCACAGAGCUCAAAGGGUUAAUUUAGCAAUUUAGCAUGCUAAAACUGCUAAUUUGUAGCUUAUGAAACAGAACUUACAAAGUUCCUGUUCUGUCCUGGACAAACUGACAUGUUCG